UGUCAAGAGCCACUAAGAAAGGCAGUUGUCAUCAGUGGACAACAUUUUAACAUAACUAUAUAUUAGUGAAUCAUUUCUACGAUUUCAUUUUACCCAGCGGGACGAUUGUUGCAAGAAUCAAGUAAGUCGCUGUGGGGCUCUCAGAAUAAUAGAUGUCCCGGAUGUGAUUUCUUUCGGCGCAUGCGCUGAUCGGCCUUUUCCCGUGGCUGCCAUCUUGGCUAGACCGUCAAGAUGUUGAUGCCUAAGAAGAAUCGUGUUGCGAUCUACGAGCUGCUGUUCAAGGAGGGCGUUAUGGUGGCCAAGAAGGACUACCACCUCCCCAAACACCCCGAGCUAGACGUGCCCAAUCUUCAUGUCAUUAAGGCUCUAACGUCGCUCAAGUCACGAGGAUACGUGAAGGAACAGUUCGCCUGGCGCCAUUUCUACUGGUACCUGACCAAUGAGGGCAUCCAGUAUUUGCGUGACUUCCUUCACCUCCCACCAGAGAUUGUCCCGUCAACACUGAAGCGCCAGACACGCCCAGAGACUGCACGACCUCGGCCAACCAGAGGACCUGCUAUGCCUGGUGGUCCCAAGGAUGGAGAGAGGGGAGAGUACAGACGUGCCGGUCCAGGUGGCCUCGGAGACAAGAAGACUGAUGUCGGAGCACCUCCAUCACAGCAAUUUGAAUUUAGAGGCGGAUUUGGGCGUGGCAGGGGAGCACCUCCUCAGUAGGACCCUGAUGGAUCACUUCAGUACAGAUCUAUGUCAAUAAACCUUUGACUCUUGAAAA